AUGUUAAGGGCUGGAAGCUAUAAGUCCAGCAUCAGACGAUGUCCUUUGAUAAAUUGUACCUAUCGAAAUUUUCGGCUCGAUAACUUGAAAACUCAUUUGAAAUCGGGAAGACAUAAAAUUAAUAACAUCGUUGUGCUAAAUAAAAUUUUUGAAAUCAUCCGAAGCAAUUCUCUCCCAGAAGGAAAUCUCCUCCGUGUUGAAGAUAAUGAAGUUAUUCAAGUUGCCAUGCCUAUGGAUUCACAGUUGAGAAACACGACAUUGAUCCAAGAUCAAGUUGCCAGUACCAGUGGUUCAACAAGAUCGCAAAGCUCAGCGGCUCCACAGGAAACACUGCAUUCCCAAGAUCCAAUAGCCAGUAUCACUGCUGACACUGAUGAACAAUUUACCGACCCUCUUACAGUUACAGAACCACUUCAACCACAAGCGACAGGAUCGUCAUCGAGUCAAGAAAUUCACUCACUGCAAGAAGCUGUUGCAUCUUUACACACUGCCAUUCAAAAAAUCAAAAUUAAUGAGAGGUACAUGAAAACAGUUAGAUGCAAAAGCGGUUCUUGAGAGCAAACUUUCUGAAAGAGAUCAGCGCUUAGACAAGGCCGACAAUGUGGCUACCAUCGUUGAUAACAGCACGCAGUCAUUGGUUCAGUUGCAAAUGACAUAUCCUUGGCUACAAGUAAAGCUCCGGUCACCACCAAAUGCACCGUUAGGUCCAUGUUGUCUAUGUCAGCGCCAUUCUUUACAAAUACGUUCACUUCGUGGUUACUCCAGCAUGCAGAAUUGGCUCGAUUGUUCUGUUGUGCUUGAUAGCGAUCAUCGUGCGCAAAGAGUUAAAAAUCAUGAACAGUCAGAAUGUCAUAAAAGCAGCAAGGUCAGCAGAAGAACAAAGAAAAAGGAAUGCUAUCUUAUUUUCCUCUCAAGUUGCUCAAAAGAAAGAGACGGAAGUUACAGAAAGGUUCCUUUUGCGAUGUUAUGGACUAAUACAGUGCCAUGUACCAUAUAACAGAUAUCCAUUCAUGACAUAUCUGCACCAUCUUCAAGGAGUGGAGGUGGGAAACCGACACCUAACUGAUAUGGCUAUGGCCAGUGCUUCCGAUUGUAUAUAUAACGUGCAGUUGCGAUCCUUGGUGCAAUUCAUUCAUUCACCCAACCCUUCAACUGGCCGUCUGCGGCACUGCCAUCUAUCAUUCGACAAAGUAACAGUUGAACAUAUUACACGUCAAGUAGUUAAUCUCAGAUUCUUGGAUCUUAAUGGCGAACCGGUCUGUGUCAAUGGAAAUCAAAGUGUCAUUUCUCGACAUGAAGAUCAUGUACCAGAUUACACAAUCAGUCUUGGAAAUAUUCCCUCGGCCGAUCAUACCAGUGAUGCAAGAGGUGUAUUCUGUCAUGUUUACGACUUUCUCCACAAGCAAUUAGAAAUGUCGAAUGAAACCAUCAGUCAUAUUGUAUCUUUGUCAUCUUCAGACUGUGAAGCCGUGUAUACAGGUAGAAUUCAGGGUCUUCAGCGUCUUUGGAAAGAGAAAUUCAAUCGUGCUCAUCUUCAUUUUGCUGACAGGGCGCACAAGAUCGAAUCCAUGAUCGGGAAGAUUCGCAAAGAAGCUGAAAUGAGAUGGCUCGAUGAAAUCUUAUCUCAACUGGAUAGUAUGAUCUCAAAAAUUUGCCAAUCACCAAAGCAACAUAGAAAUCGUAGACAUGCUGCAACCCUCGCUGAUUCACUG